AUGUUUGAGCCUAUUCGAUGGCUCCAUCCUCUCUUUGAUGCACUAUUUGGCUUUAAUAUACCCUUCACUUACCGAUGGCGACUUCUUAUUCUACAGCCAAUAUCUAUCUUGACCUGUGCCAUGAAAUGGGUGCCCUGGGCAUUUUCACAACGAUACUCAUCGAUCCAAAUACCCCUUCGUCGAACGCCAGGCCAAUCUGUUCGGGCCAUUGUGUUCCUGCCUCAAGAUGACUCAGGGUUGACGCUUAAGACAUCCAGAGGCCUACGGCCUCUCCAUCUUGACUUCCACGGUGGCGGGUUUAUUGGCGGAAAUCCAGAGCAUGAUGCUGAGUUUUGUAGCGCUCUGUCCGAUGAACUGGGCGCCGUUGUCAUCUCAGCGACAUAUCGCUUUGCCCCAAGGCAUAGUUUUCCGGUUGCAAAUGAGGAUGCACAAGAUGUGGCUUUGUUCCUUAUUGAAAAUGCAGAACGCCUAUGGAAGGCUGACCCCCAAGUCCUUACUGUGAGUGGGUUUUCAGCCGGUGGAAACCUCGCACUUGGAGUAGCUCAGGGGCUGGCUGGCACUGACCAUAGCGUUAAGGGUUCAGUGACCUUUUAUGCUCCGGUCGAUCUCCGCAUAUCUCCAUCUGAGAAACCGGCCCCUAGUGGGAAAGCAGACCCACUGGAAGUCCUAAAGCCGUUGUUUGAUGCAUAUCCAGGCCCUGUCCGUUCUAGGAAUAUGAAAAACCCUCUCAUGAACCCAGUUUUAGCAGACAUCGCUACCCUGCCGCCGCGGAUGGCCUUUGUCGUACCGAAGAUAGACAUUCUGUAUGAGGAGCAGAUAUCAAUGAUCAGGAGGUUAAAGGCAGAAGCUGAGCAGCUUAACGUUUCUGGUCAAAAAUCGGCAACUGGCGCAGAUACAGAAGCAGAACUAGAACAGAGAACUAAAUAUACCCAGAUUCGAAAAGAUACCUACCAGAUUAGCCACCUGGAGUUCCCGGAAGGAUUUCAUGGGUGGCUUGAAGUACCGGAAAUCGUUGUUGGGGACAAGGAUAAGAGGAAUGCAUUUAUAUUUGCCUUUGAUUUUUUGAAGGAGAGCCAUCUCAGACCCGCGCGGAUAAUUCGGCCCGAAAUUAUCAUUUUUGCUCUAAGCGCAUUUUCAAUCUUGGAAAAAUCUCUAGCAAUUGACAGUAUCAACAUGGGGAAGAAGAAGAAUUUUAAGAAAGGCUCCAAAGGAGGCUCCCGCGGCACUCGACCAGCUAACUAUUCUACGACUCUGGUUCGGGAGAAUAAAAACUAUGAGAAAUACUAUAAUUCGCUCCAGAUAGUUCCGGAAGAGGAGAAGCAAGAAUUCUGGGAUGCUUUGCGGCGUGAUUUGCCUAAUAGUUUCCGCUUCACUGGGUCUCGAGGUCACGCUCUUGCUCUACAACAACGAUUGAAGGACUUUUAUAUCCCGAACAUCACAUCAAUUCGAUAUGAAGGCGAGUUAGUCGAACCACCUCAGCCAGUGCCAUGGUAUCCAGAACAGCUAGCUUGGUCGAUGACGACCCCGAAAAGCGUUGUCCGCCGCUUCGCGCCCUUCUCGUCAUUCCAGAAAUUCCUCGUCUCAGAAACAGAAGUUGGCAAUAUUAGUCGACAGGAAGUCGUGAGCAUGAUUCCGCCGCUUCUACUGGAUGUGCGACCAGGCAUGGUGGUGCUGGACAUGUGUGCGGCACCAGGGAGCAAGUCCGCCCAAUUGAUGGAGAUGAUACAUGCAGGCGAGGAAGAGCGAAUGGCAAAGAUCUCUCGGAAAUUGGAAACCACGGAUGAAACUACAAGGCAGAAUGGUGCCGUAAAGGUUGUAGAUCUUUUGAAUGGAGAACCCGAAGCAGCGGAAGCUGAUGCGGUAGAGGACGAUGGGAGGUCUACGGGGCUGCUGAUCGCGAAUGAUAGCGAUUACAAGCGAGCUCAUUUGUUGAUCCAUCAGAUGAAGCGUCUGAACUCGCCAAACUUGCUUGUCACGAACCAUGAUGCAACCGUGUACCCUUCCAUUAAACUACCCUCAAUAUCUAUUGAUGGCCAACCUGCGAAGAACAGAUACCUCAAGUUCGACCGUAUCCUAGCUGACGUACCUUGCUCUGGAGAUGGAACUACGAGAAAGAAUUUCAAUUUUAUGGAAUGA